AUGGCUGAGCAAGAUCGACUUCAGAAAGGAAGAGCUGAUGCAGCUAGCUUCAUUCAUAGCGGAGGCAUUAGCAUUGCCAACCAGGCUGGUAGCAGUCAGAACAAUUCUAACAGCGAAGGAAAGGCAGCUGCAUCAACCAACAGCAUUCCAGUCAUUGGUGACAAAUAUGGCGUCGCUCUGAAUAUACUUAAGAAACAGUUCGACAGAUCAUCAGGCAUAGCGGACAUCUUGAUAAACGAGAUCGAGCAUCUGCCCAGGGCCCAGGAAAACUCGAGAAGUUGCCGUGAUACGCUCAAUGCCAUAUCCUCUCGAAUCGUGCACCUGGAGCAAACUGGAAUGCCAAUGAACGCAGACAGAGUAAUGCGACGCCUUAUUCUCUCAAAAUUCACAGAGAAUAUCUGUAGCCAAGUAAUCAAGAAAGAAAACGAAGGUGGCACAGUAUUCGAAGUAAAGAAUAUUUUUGACGCCGUUGAUGAAAUUAUAACCCUUCAAUAA